GGAGACUACCCAUACAUCCCACUCUUACAAUUACUGUCUAUAUAUAUGAGUAAUUUUCUAGAGAUUAUCACCAAAUAACAGGUGGCGCUGAUCACUGGUACUUCGGGAACACGAAGGCUAACGACAUGCAGGGCGUCAGUUCGAUCCUCAAUUGGAUCUCGAGAAGUCAUAAGACUUCGCCACCACCGGGGUGGCUUUCUUUUUUGCUAUUUUUGCCAACACAUCUUGCAACGGCAACCACAGGAACACUUCUGACGCCAGCGCUCGGUAUCAUCGACUUGCGGCACCACCAAUGUCUUAAACUGCAUACCACUGGCACCGCUUCUCUUAUUGACUGUGCAAAUGGUCUCAUGAACGAUUUCCACAUGUCAUUGAGCCGGAUCUUAGGCUUGCAAACUUGCCCAAUUGCCGGGCACGCAACGAAAAAUCACUCAGCCGGAACGUAACCUUGAAUUCCCUAGCACAGGACAUGAUCACACUAAGGCAAGCGGCUUGUGCGAAAUGCGAUUGCAUAGAAGUCCCAGAACAGCGGGCGGUCGUCUCGCAUACAAACAUCUCUGACGGC